GGCUCCGAGGAAGACUGAAAUCGUCUCUCUGGAUAAUUCUUUAUUUGCAGCUGCCCAGGGAAUCCUGGUGACCUGCACGUGUAACCUGUACCUGCAGAAGAUGUUCUGGCUGUUUGUCCUGCCGCUUUUGAGCUUUUCGAUGAAAUCGAGUGAAGGGGCCCAUGGAGGGCUGAAAUUCCAAAUAACCCUGAAAGGGCUGGAAUAUGCAAAGGAAGUGGCGAUGGAGAUGUUGGUGUCACAACUACGGGAGGAGCAAAUCCCAGACAAAAGCAGCCGUCACAACAUGCCACUACUGGGGGAUGUCCUUUUGUCUUUCUCAAACAUCCAAAUUAACCAGCUUCAGGUGAAGGACUCAGCAGCUGGUUUUGUUGAGGGCAGAGGUCUCAAACUUGCCGUCCGAAACGCUGAGAUUGUAUUCAGUAGCAACUGGGAGAUACAAAGUUCGUUUGGAAAGGAGAGUGGCAGAAUUGAGGUCAGCGUUGAUCGACUGUCCCUCUUUGUUGUCCUUCACCUGGACGUGGAUGAUGGAGGACAACCCCUGGUUCAGCAAGCCAGCUGCUAUUCCAACAUUACAGACCUCGAUAUGAAGUUUUCUGGGUGGAACAGCCAACUCUACAAUCAGAUCAGCUUGGCUCUCAAGGGGAUCCUCAUCUCUGACAUCAAUAACAAGGUGUGCUCAGAGCUCAGAGAAUCAGUUGACCAUCUUGCGCAGUAUUUGAGGAGCAUCAACUUUUUGGCCCAGAUAGACUCCAUUGGAGGAAUUGAUUUCUCCUUGGUGAGCAAACCAGAGAUUACGGAGGAUCGAUGCAAUCUGGACUUCAAGGGGGAAUUUUUCUUGGUGGAAGAGCCCUAUAGAAGACCCCUCCUGCCCACCCCCUUCUUCCUCCCCAACCAGUCAAGCUCCAUGAUUGUUCUGGGGGUCUCCGAUUUUUUGGUCAACUCAGCAGCUUUUGUAUACUUCACUGGAAGGGCAUUACGGGUGAACUGCACCGACAAGAUGAUACCCAAAAGUGCCCCUUUUCGCCUGAAUACCAAACAUAUCGGACUGUUUAUACCCGAGCUGAAAAAGCAGUUUCCAGAGAUGCCCAUGGAAAUCCACCUGGCAGCUCGGAAGGCCCCGGUGCUGCACUUCCAGCCGGGGGGCCUGGAUGCCGCGGUCCUUGGGCGGGCCGAGGCCUUUGUGGUCCUGCCGAACAGCAGCCUGGUCUCCGUGUUCGUCCUCAACAUCGACUGCAACUUCACCGGACAGAUGUUCCUGAAAGGUGACAGUUCGGGGAAUUCCAUGGGCAAGGUUGGAGGUUCGGUGGCCCUCAACAGCUUGCGCUUGUCUCAGGAGUGGUCGAGGAUUGGGGACAUCAAGGUGUCCUUUCUGGAGAUAUUCCUGAAGUCAGCUGGGCAAGUGACAUUAUCAAGCAUUAACAGGAAACUCAGAAGAGGAAAGACGCUUCCCAACAUCUUUUCUGUCAGCUUCCAGGAUCCUGAAGUCACAAUGCAUGAGGGAUAUAUGCUAAUAAAAUCAGACGUGCGCUACUCCUUCAUGACAUCAGUGAGUAGCCACGGGAUGACAACACGAAGUGAAAGAAGAGCAUGAAGAAGUACGAAGUCCAUUGGUCCCCUACUUGAACCUGCAUUGCAGCAAGGACAGAGACCCCAUCAUCUUGGAGGUCAUCCGGGAUACUAGGCACCCACGCUUUCAUUAGGGAUCAAUAAUUCCCAGGGAUCUUUCCAGGAGCUAUUUGAUUUAUGUAGAGUUUGCUGCCUGGACAUGACACCCUCACAGUAGUAGCCCAAAAACAGCAGUUCCCCAUGUUUAUCCAGCAAAAAUGGAUAUGCUUGAGGACUUUGGAGCCUAUCCGAGCAGCCCAUGAGAAAGGCAGGGCCUAUAGAGGAGGGACGCAUUACCGGGUGAUGCUGGAGCAAAACGUGUUGUCCCCACCCCUGCAGUUGCUGUAGUUGAACGUUGCAAACUAUUUUCCCAUAAUUUCCUGGAGGCAAUAUGUUCUCCGUUUCUGGAGCGUUCUCCCGGGAAAUUUGAAGGAGGGGAAGGUCAAUUGUGAUUUUUUAAACAUUUGAACUCAGAACUCUGAAACAUAUCUCAAAUCUGAGCUUCUUCAGCCUUCUUCACAAGCUUCAGCCUAAGGAAGCUUGUGUAGAUAAAUAUAAAUAUACAAGAACAAAGCUGAGCUGUGCUUGCCUGGGCUGUGUUUCUCCAGAGUGGCUUUUGAAGAGUACCAAGGGGAUGUCGCAGAAAAUCUUUUCCACCCUCCCCAAGUGCAGGACACUGGAUAAUGGUCUUAGAAGAAGGCAGGUUGAAUGUUAGGCCAAACUUCUUGGCUAAGCAUGGGGUGGACUGAAUGGCCUCAGUGUGCCUUCCUCCUCCAAGAUUUUCUGUGGCAACGUCAAAUGUUUGUGCUCAACUACACUCCCAGCCGUGUUUUCUUCCUCAUCUUCCAACUGUGGUUUUUCUCUCCCUCUUUUCUGCCCCCAGCAAGUAGCAGGCCAUGGUUCUGAAGCACAUCCCAUCAUCUUUGACUGGGUCUCCUCCACCAAAGGGUUGACCUUUGAACCUCAGGGGUUCCUAAAGCAGCCCAUUUCCUUCUCCUCAUCUGCAGAUGGGCUGUUUUGGUACCCAACGAGGAUCCUUGCUCAGAAAAGUUCAUUAUUGGGACUGUGUUAGAACCUUUCCCAGGUCAGUUCCUUAAAUGUGUUUUGAGACAAAUCAAGUUGCCCUCAGUGUAGAAACCUCAACUUUCCCCCUUCCCAAACCACUCAGGCCUUUUUUUAAAACCCAAAGGAAAUCAUCCUUAAAUUAUCAUGGGCAUAACCCAGCACCAUCAUCUAGGACUGGUGACCACCCUGGAACUGGUCUCUACCAGCACCGACCAUCUCCAACUGCGGUUACAGCUAAA